ACUUGCGCAAACAGGUCGUCUGCGAGUAUCAAAAGAAUUGCACGGUUGCCUUCGCAUUUAGAGUAUUGCUGCUUCAAAUAUCUUUCUUUGUCCGCUGUUGUAUAGUGUUGCAUUAUCAUACACGACUUUUGAGACCAUCCGCGGCAUGCACAUCCGUCGCUUCGCUCAACGUGAGGCAAGACGACGAUGAUAACUGCCCGGGACUUAUAGCUUAAGGCAGCUAGCUGAGCUUAUCUCGUCUGCCCGGGGGACGACCGGCCGUGUGUCUCCUUUGACACGGGGGCACGGUCCUGGAGGAGGGCCAUCUGAACGGCAGCCGUUAGCAGCCGUCAAAGAUGCCUAGCGACGGCGCAUCAGUGGCCGGUAGCAGCCGGUCAUCUAUGUCACGCGCCUCACGCGCGAGUAAACGUGGUGCCAAGAAGUCGUUGCCGCCUCCGCCACCCCCGGAACCGGUGGAGGAGCCGAAGGAUGCCUUCCAACCCAGCAUGCUGUCGGCGGGCCUUUCCCAGCUGGGCCGCACGGCUGACGGCCUGAAGCCGGCCUACCUCACGCUCAGCCUCACCGGCACCGACCUGGCCAACGCCGACGUGCUCGGGGCCUUCCCGCACCUGCAGACUCUGGUGCUUCGCGACAACCGGCUGGUGGAGCUCCGGGGGCUGGCGGCGCUGCGCCACCUGACGGCCGUGGACGUGUCGGGAAACAAACUCACACAGGUGCUGGACCUGCGGCUACCUGCGGACGGCGCCUCCGGCCCCACCAACCUGCGCUCGGCCGACUUCUCCCGCAACGCUCUGGACAUGCUGCGCGACCUCUCGCCCUUCAGCCGCCUCACCAGCCUGUCGGCCGCACACAACCGGCUGGAGCGGGUGGGCGAGGGGCUCACCAGCCUCACGCUACUCAAGGUGCUGGACCUGUCCCACAACCGGCUGGUCUCGGUGCGCGGCCUGGAGCGCUGCGCCAAUCUGCGCGAGCUGCGGCUGGGGCACAACGCCCUGCAGAGCCUGGAGCCGCUGGCGGGGCUGAGCCAGCUGCAGGUCCUGGACGUGAGCCACAACCGGCUGGCGCAGCUGUCCGGCGCCGCGGGCCUGAGCUCGCUGCGCACACUGGACGUGUCAUGCAACCGGCUGGGCCGGCUGGAGGAGCUGGCGGUGGUGCGUGGCGCCAGCCUGCUGGGCACACUGGACGUGCGGGGGAACCCGCUGGACAAGGCCAUGUGUCUGCGGCUGCACGUGGUGCACCUGCUGCCCCAGGUGGUCAUGCUGGACGGCGUGGCGGUGGAGAGCAAGGAAAAGGUGUUGGCCGCCAACAUGCACGGCGCGGACGCGGACAGCCUGCGCCUCAUCCGCCGCAAGUACUUCCCCAACGGCGAGCUGGACGACGGCGGCGGCGCCAUUCCGCCCCUGGCCGCCGGCCUGGUGGCCUCCGCCGCGGAAGAGGAGGCCGCAGCCGACGGCCCCGGCCCAGGCGACGGCGCCUACGUCCGUCUGGAUGCCUGGGCCGCCAGCAUCAAGCCGGAGUGGGUGCUGGGCGGCGGCGGCGGCAACGUGGUCAGUCUGGCUGACCAGCUGGCGUCGGUGUGUGCGCCGCCGCGGCCCACCACCACCGCGGCGGCGGCCACGGCGAACGGCUCCACGCACAACAGCACCAGCGGCGCCGCACCGGGCGCGGGCGCCGCCAACGGGCAUCACGGCGUGCGCGGCGCCGGCGUCGGAGCGGCGCCGUCCGGCGCCGCCGCCGGCGGCAAGCCGUCGGCGGCGAACGAGGCGGCCUGGCGGCGGGCGCAGCUGGAGCGGGCGCGUGUGUGCUGGCGCUGGGUGGUUACCCACGUGGCGGCCACAGCCAAGCUGGAGACCACGUGGGACGUGGCGGCGCCGCUGUUCGGCCACACCGCCCAAGCCGCCGCCAUUGAGCGCGUGCUGCUCGGCAACGGCGAGCCGGCGCCGCCGGCGGCGCCGCCGCCGCCGCCGCAGCUGCUCGGCGCGCCGCUGGCGCCGCCGGCGGCGGCGCCGCUGCCCGGCGGCGGCACUUGGUCCGAGCGCGUGGCUCGCCUGUUCACGCUGUUGUGCCGCGCCUGCGAGCUCGAGGCGGUGCCCAUCCCCGGGUAUUGGAAGCAUGCCGCGCUGCCGCCGGGCAGUCGCGUGCACGCACACAACCACUGCUGGGCGGGCGUCAAGGUGAACGGGCGCUGGCGGCUGGUGGACCCCACGGCGGCGGCGCUGGCGGGCGGGCACUUCCCGUUCUUUGUGCCGCCGGAUGCGUUCAUCUACUCCUACUGGCCGCUGGAGGCUGCGUGGCAGCUGCUGCAAGAGCCGCUGAGCCAAGAGGUGUGGUGGCAGCUGCCGUACGCCUCCGUGGCCUUCUUCGCGGAGGGCUGCCGCCUGGGCGACGCCAGCCUGGCCGCCGUCAACACUCUGCUGCCCAUCCGGCAGGGCGGCGUGCUGCCCGCCUUCGCGCUGGCGGUGGCGGCGCCGCGGCGGCGCGGCUGCCACCUGGCGCAGCGGCUGUACGACAGGGCGCGGCGGGUGGUGGCGGAGUGGCCUCCGCGGGAGCCGGGCGCGCCCGCCUACGCCUUCCAGCAGGUUGUGGCUGGGCCGCACGGGCAGGUGGAGGUGUCGUUCGGUGCGGACAGCCACGCCGCACAGCUGCACCAGAUGUACUUCUCACUGCCCGCGCCCGGGGAGUACGAGAUGGAGGUGUCGCAUGUGCGCGAGCUGCCCGGCGGCGGCCUGACACUGGCGGUGGAGGGGCUGCCGGCGCCGGGGCUGGCGCUGAGGGUGGUGGAGGAGCAGCAGCUGCUGCGGGUCAAGGUCACGCUGCCGGGCAUCCAGCCGCACGACGAGGCGGAGGACGGCAUCCUGCAUUCGCCCGCGGUGCUGCGGACGCCGCUGCCCUUCGGCUCGCCGCACUGGUACGAGGCGGGCUGCCAGCUCAUCUCGCCGCCGCCGCACCGCCCGCUGGAGGCGGACCGCUCCGAGCCCUUCAAGCUGGUGGUGCCGGGCGCCAGCCGCGUGGGGCUCAUGGCGGAGGGGCUGCAGCAGCCCAUCGAGUUGGCGGCGGCGGACGACGACAGCUUCGCCUUCUCCACCUCCCUGCAGGUGCCGCGCUGCCGCGCCGCCACGCUGAUGGCCUACAUGCACAACGACCACCUGAGCAGCUGCGCCUGGGUGCCGCUGGUGCAGCUGGCGGUCCUGCCCCAGUCGCAGCACAUGGUGUACACGCCCAUUGCCGUGGAGGUGCCGGAGGUGGGCGACGACGACCCCGCGGCACACUUUGCGCGGGAGAUAUUCAAGGCCAUGGACAAGAACUUGGACGGCGGCGUGUGUCGGCGCGAGAUCCUGGCGGCGUUCCGGCGCAACCGCCAGCACGCCGACAUCCUCAAGUGCCCCGCGCGCAUCCGCCAGGACGAUGGCACCUUCGAGCGCUUCGUGGACGUCUUCAUGCAGAUCGACACCUCCAAGCUGGGCACCUUCACCUUCAACGAGCUGGCCUUCUACAUGGGCGUCCUGCCUACCGGCUACUACCAGUACAGCGACGACGAGGACGAGGACGAGGAUUUCGAUUCCGGAGAUGAGCAGGAUCUGGAUCCAGAGGAGCGGGCGGGCAGGCAGGCGGAGCUGGAUGCGGAGCUGGAUGCGCCAGAUGACGAGGGCGAGGGCGGCGGCGGCGGGCCGGGUGGAGGCGAGGCGAGCGGGUACACUGGCGAUUCGGCGGGCGGUGGUGGUGGGGAGGGGGAGGGGCCGUCGGAGGCGUGAGCUGGGGUGAGGGUGCGGAGAGGUGGGGCAGAGGGGAGGUGGGAAGGGGGGCUUGAGGGGGAGAGGGGGCCGGGCAGGGGGUGUUCGUGGACGUAGGAAGCUGUGUGGCGUGCGUUCGGAAAUUGGUGCCGCCGAGUUGGGGCCGUGCGUGUGGCAUGCAGGCCGGCAGACUACCGAGGGCGGAGUUAUGUUGGAUUCUGGUGCGCGCCGUAAAUUGACAAACGAGGGCGAGGCGAUGUAGGGAAACCGUGUUGAGACGACGACCGCCUCGUCAAUCCGCCUCACUUUUCUCGGUUUCGAUCGUUGGCCGGUCAGCCAACUAAACUUGCAAUACCAUAAUUGGGAG